AUGGGGAACACUAUGAUGGUGAGGAGAAAGAGGGCGAAAGUGAUGAAGAUCGACGGAGAUAUACUCCGAUUCAAAACUCCGACGACGGUGAGUAACGUCUCGAAAGAGUACCCCGGGUUUGUUCUAUUAGACUCUGAGACCGUAAAGGGGCUUGGCGUUGGCGCCAAACCGCUAGAGCCGAAUGAGUUCUUAAAGCCGAAUAAAACUUAUUUUCUUGUGGAGUUACCACCGGAGACGGCGAAGGAGGAGCCAGAUAAUAUGAAUAAGCUUCCUUACCGGAGAGUUAUGUCCGGUAUACAUGUUGGGGCCAAGGAGCGUUUGGAGAUGCUAAUGCUUUCUCGGAGAACGGUUUCUGACGUUACACUCGCAAGAUCUAACGGUGGAGAUGGACAGAGGAGGGUGACAUUGAGGCUUCCUCGUUCUCAGAUUACCAAGUUUAUGGAAGAGAGUCAUGACGUUUCCGAAGUCACCGAGAAGAUUGUUGCUCUCUACCUUGAGAGCUCCGGCGGCGUAGAUAACGAUGAUUUUCCCCGGAAACUUGGAGUCCGAGAGAUGAAGAACAAUUGCAAGGCGCGAGAGGAUAUUUUUGAACCAAUCAAAUAA